AUGUCGGCUUUCUGGGAAAUCCCGAAUUGGGUUCUGGCAUGGCGCCACACCACGCUGGAGGAACACAUUGACACAAUGACCAAGCGAUAUCCGCGCAGGCUGAUAAGCGAUCCUGAGACCUCACGCCACCAAAAGGUGGUUGAUCCCGAGACCGGCCGUCUGUUAGGUUAUGCUCGCUGGGUCUUGCCGGAAUCAUAUACUGUUCUCGCGAAUGGUGAACCGGUCUGGCCGGAAGCAAUGGCUCCGGCAGUGAGCCCCGAGGAAGAAGCUGAGAUCAAACGAGUCGCUGCAGCAACCCAAUUUAAUCCGGAUAACGCCACCGACCCGCUGGAUGAAGAAGUCCGGAUUAUUAAGGAGAAGAUAAUGGCGAGAAAGCCGUAUUUGUGUCUAGACUAUUUAGCUGUGCAUCCAGAGAAUAAAGGCAAAGGAGUCGCAACCCUUUUAGUAGAGAGCGGCAUGAAAGAAGCAGAGAGGCUAGGUCUGGAUAUCUUUAUCCUUGCUUGUAAAUCUGCAUGGGGAUUGUAUUCCCGACUUGGAUUCCGCGUGGAGGAAGAGCUUGUCCAGGACGAUUCCGUGUAUGGAGGGGAUGGUGAAUUUGCCAUGCGCUACUAUGUUUACGAACAGUCUCGUAAAUCCGAAGCAUGA